CAAUCAUGAGCAUCUGCUGACAAAUCGGUUCCAGCGAACGGAACGAAAUGAACUACCAGCAACAAAUAAGAACAAUCAAUGCAUGUCAAAUGCCCGAGAAAAAGGCCCGAGAGAACGAGAGCGAGAGAGUCAGGACGGAGUCAUCCACAGUUGCCAAUUGGCCAGGUUGACCAUUGUUACCGUUAGCGUGGUAUAGAUCUGCUGGUUGAUACUGGAGUUGUGUAUCGGACUCAAUCCAUCUGGAGACUUUUUUUCUAACUCAUACUCAUCCUCACCACGACGGAGGGACAUCCAGCCACAAACUCCCCGAAUUGUCACUCCUAUAUAGUAGCUUGCACUUUUCGAUCCAUCGCAGAGGUGCUCUCAGCAGUCCACUUGAAUACACCAAAAGAAAACAUAAUAAAUCAUGACCAACUUCAACAUCCAGAUCAUCUCCGAUACGGUGUGUCCGUGGUGCUACGUUGGCUACCGACGCCUCAGCCGGGCCAUUGCCCAGCACAAAACCUCCCACCCAAGCGACACCUUCACCCUCAGCUGGCACGCUUUCUACCUGCACCCGGAGGGGCCGGGCUACCCGGGCCUCGACAAGCGGGAGUCCUUCCGCAAGAAGUUCGGCCAGCAGCGGGCCAGUGCCAUCAUCGAGCGGCUGACCGCGGUCGGCAAGACCGAGGACAUCGACUUCAGUUUCGGCGGCCGCACCGGCAACACCCGCGACUCGCACCGCCUGCUGUGGUGGGCCGGCCAGAAGGAGAAGGCCGAAGCCAGCAGCAGCACCGCCACGGACAAGGGCUUGGUCGGCGGAUUGCAGACCCGCGUCGUCGAAAAGCUGUUCCGCGCCUAUUUUGAGGAUGAGAAGAACAUCACCGAUCCCGCCGUAUUGACCGAGGCCGCGGUCGGGGCGGGCUUGGACAAGACCGCCGUCGAGAAGUUCCUCGCCUCCGAGGACGGCGGCAAGGAGGUCGACGUCGAGGCCUAUGUUGCCCAGCGCCAGUUGGUCACCGGGGUCCCCUACUUCAUGAUCAAUGGCGAGUAUGCGGUGCCCGGGGCGGACGAGCCCGAGACUUUCCUGGAGGUCUUCGACAAGGUGAAGAGUGCUUGA